AUGGGCAGAUCUUCAACUCGCUGGGCCCUACUAGGCUUCAAAGCCCUCGGACCGUCGAUCUUCGUCCAAGAAGCUCCUCGGUCCUCCUCAUCUGUAUCUUCAACAUCUUCAGAGCUCAGCUCCAUCUCCUUGGAAAGCAUCAAUGAAAAAAGCCCUACUCUUAUCCUUCUCACCUCUUGGACGGGCGCAGACCCGAGAAACGUUGCCAAGUACACGAAAAGAUACAACGAGAUUUACCCAGAGACUACUAUCAUGGUCAUUACAACGGUAAUACAUGAUCUCGUAUUCCGCUCAACCAAAGAGAAGGUUGCAACGCUAGAGCCGGCCGUUAAGUUCCUCCGGAGACAUAUCAGCACACAGUCUAAACGACCUACCAUGUUACUACAUGCAUUUUCGGAGGGAGGAUCAAACAAGGCCGUCUGCCUUGCUCGAGCAUAUCUGGGCGCUACGGGCUGUCAACUACCCGUGGGUGCUUUCAUUUUUGAUAGCACACCAGGCAGGCCACGGUUCUCGUGUAAUGUGGCGGCCUUCAAGAGGUCACUACCUCGCAACAAGGUUGUCCGUGCUGUAGGGGUCCCGGCCGGCGCUGUUGUGUUGGGCAUGGUGUAUGGAACGUAUCACGUGCUGAAGGGGCCUGAGAAUAACGUUAUCUCCCAGACGCGCAAGGCACUGAAUGAUGAAUCGCUGUGGCCUGUCACUAGCGCACCCCGGACAUAUGUCUUUUCUGAGGCGGAUGAUCUCAUUGGGUGGGAAGACAUCGAGGACCACGCAUGGGAAAGUGCUGAGCUGUUAGGGCUUGACAGCAUGCUGCUUCGAUUCAGAGAGACUAGGCAUUGCAAUCACGCCCGAGGAAAUGAGGAUGAGUACUGGACUGCCGUAAUGAAUACUUGGGAAGCGCGCGAUAUGUAA